AUGGCGGACACAAAUGCACUGCACUGUGGUGAUAUGUUAUUUUUUUUUAACUCCCUAGUUUGUACUACUGUAAAAGAAAUUGAGGGAGUGAAUCAAAGUAGUAUUAGUUUAUCUUCGUUAAAGUUGAACAAGAAACGUGCAAGUGGAGAUUUAAUUCUUCCUGGUUUUGUUCGUGCCUGUUGUGUAUCAGAUCAGCAAAGCAGCAGAGAAAAUGUAAGCUUAAGUUUAAAGUACUAGAUUAAUGGAAAACGGUUUAUACUUAUUUAUAGUAAAAGCUUUUUUCUUUUAGACUAUUUUUUGAUAACUUUGAGGAGAGGUGGAGGACCCUAGUUCCCCCCUCCUUCGGAGAUGGUAAAGAAAAAAAAAUCUUUUCUGUUGUCUAUUAGAGCCCAUCAAACUCAUUACUUACAAAGGUAACUUUAGCUUAAGAUUAAAUUAUUUCAAGCACAUGCUGACCUCUUUGUAAACUUUGCAACACUUAUGUAAGGAUAGAAAGCUGGUUGUCCAUUUGAGUUAAUUUGCAGCUGACGUCAUGAUGACAAUGUUGAUUGACAAGAAGAAAAGGGUUUCUCUUUGCUGGAAACUAAACUCUAUUUUUAUGGAAAUUUUUCCAAAAGAAAUUGUAUUGUUUUUUCGACUAACAUGGUAACCUCAAGUGUCACAUGCAUGCAAACCAAGAAUAUUAAAAAGGCUGAAAAAGGCUUAUAGGCUCAUAUUACAAGAAAAAUGUUGAUGCAUUUUUAUGAUAUUGAAAAGGAUAAUGGUUUUAUACAUGUACACUGCAUGCAUUUCUACCCAUUUUAGAAUUUCAGAAAAUCUUCAUUCUGAGUUAUGGAUAUAUUUAUGUGUUUGGACAGUGAUUUGUUGUUUUUGAUAUCAUUAUUACUACGGAUGAUUAUUUUUAUUCCUAUUGUUGUAAUUUAUCUGUAUCUUAAUACAUGUUUUGUAUUAUUGUAAAGAGCCUAUAACAGCUAGUGAUAUAGAUGCAAUAGAAAUAAGUUUAUUAUUAUUAUUACUGGACAGUGUUAAUGCUUAUUGCUUUCAGAAACCUCUCUCCGAGAAACUUAGCGAGCUGAGGAGGUGGCUGAAAUUCAGGCUACAUGUUAAACAGUAUGCACUGAAAAAUGUAUUAAUUUUGUAACCUGACAACAAAAAGUGCUAGUUUUGAUUGUUGCAUUUGAUUUAAAGAACCCUUCAGAUAGGUUAAUAUUCUCUAAGAAAUUCAAUGUAAAAUAAAUAAUUUUUGUGUGGUAUAUAUCACUGUUGUUUUUACUCUGCAUGCAUGAUACUAAUCAAUUUGUACCUAUUGAAUGCUUUUAGGGCCAUUUUCAAAGACUUUGUCAGGAGAUUACCAGUCGCUUGUCCAGACUUCAGUUUUUUGAAAAUUGUUGUGUGACUUCAAGUGUAGGCCAUCUCUUGUUGAAGCUAAACAGAUCUCUUGUCAGUGGGACAGUAAUUUACAAUGUGCUGAAUAAAGUGGAUUUUACUUUUACUGAGUCACCUGAAAAACAGAAACUGACAUUUUUGCUGAAUCCAUCUUUAUUGUGGAGUUUAAAUAGUAAGGAACAAGAAAAUUUAAGUCUUGAUCAGUUAAGAACAGCCCUUGUUACUGAACACAGCAAAGAACUUUUACAAGUUACUGGGUAAGUGUUGUCUUUGUCUAUUGUUAGCUCGUGUACUAAAAUGCCUAUUCAGCUGUUCGCUAUGCUCUGUGGGGAUGGACUGCAGGCACCUUCUUUUUUGGCUAAAAUGUGUAGUCGCUGCUGAACAGGGUAUGGUUUUUGCAAUCUUGAGUCUUAAUGUCUUGAACAGAUUCCCUUCUAAACCUGAAGUCUUGAAUUUGGUGUGAAUGUUAGCUGCGCAUGGUCUACAUGCAUGGAGUACAACAUUUUUUUUAAAUUAUGUAAUUCAAUAAUGUCAGUUAUGAAAAAAAAAUUUUGUGUGGGCGAAAUGAAAAAAAAAAAACAGAAAUGUCGGUUAUCUCAAAUGGGGUCACAAAAUACUCAGAUUCUGGCGUACACGGGGUAGUAAAAUGCUCAAAUUUUACCCUAAAGAGGGUCAAAGUUUGAAAGGAGUUUAGGGGCUCACCUCUAAAAAAAUACUUUAUUUACUAUCAGUGGUCAGUGAAGGCUCAGUUUGACAGGGGAUGGGAAUGGGGUCCAUGUUUUGUUGAAACUUAGGGUUGUCUUGAACACAGUUUUCUUGAUGUAAACAGGAAGCAAUACAUCACCAGAAACUAUGUAUAAAAUGUAUUUGCAACUCAUAUCUUAUCCCAUACAGUCAUCUCUCACCAUGCUUACCCCACCCCCAGAUAAUAUGGGCAGCAACUAAAUCCCUGGCAAAACCAAAUUAUAGAACUUGACUGAAAUAAACCUACACCACCAAGGACACAGGUUAUUGAGGACACCUUUUAGGCCCGCCUUCCACCCCCCCCCCCCCCCACCCACACCAACCCCCCCCCCACACCCCACGGACAGAAAUGUUUGAUAAUGUAUUCUUGUUUCUGUUGGGUAUUGCUUCGUUUUUUUUUUUUCUUGUUUUGUUAUCAUUUUUUUAUUAAAUUAGUCUUCCCUCCCCACCCCCCCUCCCCCCCCCCACAAAAAAAGCCGCAAAAAAAACCCCCACACAAAAAAAAAAAAAAAAUACAAUCAAAAAAAAAACCACCCCCCCCCAAAACACAUGUUUUGGGGGCCCUCUUUUCCCCCCCCCCCCCCCCCCCCCCACUAGAACAUCACACUGACCAUCUGAGAAUGUGGGUAUGAAUUUUUUCUAGAUCUAGAUGAUUUGUGGUAUGUCUACUGAAUUUUUUUCUAUGUGUAUAUGUAUUUCUAAUAUUGCAGAAUGCCUGUCAAAUUAAUACCAUUUGAGUGCCAAGCCAAUAUACACCCUGAUCUUCAAGCCAGCAAGCUGCAAUUAUGUCACAUUUUUGUUCCAUCAUGCAUGUCAAGGAAAGGUGACGCAAUGGUGCCAGAUAUUGAAAUUGUUAGGAAAGUUGAAGAACUUGUUAACAUCUUACAAAGUCUGAAGUUUAGCAAACAAGUUGAAUCAAUCAGAUCAAGUACUGAACCAGCUUCACAUUCUUGCAACAAUGAAGUCGAAGUAGGGAAGUAUAAUUGUGACUCUAUGAGAUAUGAAUGCUCCACCAGAAACUUUGUUUGUGACAUCAAAGAUUUUCAUAGUGAUAUGCAAAAGCAUUCAGGUGAGUAUUUCACAUAUCAAGAACACCUUUUAGGCCUUCACACCUAAGACUCGACCUGCAAAUGAAGGUGCUACUUUGUGCAGUCUGCUGGAGUCGAACCUAGCUCUACAGGCACCUGCUUAUUAUGGACGUUUUCUAUGUCCAUGGGGAAAACCCUUACAUUUUUUCUCUAAAUUCAAGCCACCUAAUAUAGACACCCCUCAAUGCACAACAGACACUUCUUUCUUGCACAGUCAAUAGAUUCUUACAGAAAGUUAACCUUGCUAAUGUGGACACAUUAUUAUCAGCUGUGUGCUAUAAUUGCCUUUUCCUUUUUCAAGUAAGGUGCCCAGAAUGAUGGCUUUGUGAAGUUUAGAGAUGUUUAAUUUGAUGAUGAAAAGCACUAGCACUAUUUUUUUCAAAUACAGGACAAUGUGUUCUUGACUUACACAAAAUGACCAGCCUAAUGCAGAGUGAUGUUACAGGUCAAAUUUGACUUCAGUUUAAAUUUGAUUUAACUUACGUUGAUUCUCAAUUCCUUUGUUUCCUAGCACUAAUUAAGAGUCAAAGGAAAUUGAGAAUCAACCUAGGUUAAAACAAUUUAACCUGAAAUUAAAUUUGACCUGUAACACAGUCACCCCUUUAAUAUGGAGACUUUCUAUGGCCCCUACUGUCAGUAUUCAUCUUAACAGGGUUUGACUGCAGUACUAUUAUCAUUGUCAUCAUUAUAAUAUUAUUAGUAUCAUUAGCAAAAACAUUAGUUGAUAUAUCAUCAACAACAUUUCACGACUGUCUAAAUUUCAGUCUUUGUGAUGGGUCUGUAAGAAAUCUUUUAUUCCCCCUACCUCCUUUACUUGCACAAGUGACACACUGUUCUGUGUACCAUGCUAACCACUAGACCACUGAGGAUUUGAUGGAUGGAAGGGAAAUAACUUAAAUACAUAUAGCAUCAACCCCAACCCAAAAAAGAACUUAACCAAUUUCCAAACUGACUGCUUAACCCUAAUCAGUAAACAGGGGCAACAAACGAGAAUAUAGUUCAAAACCACUUAAACAUAGCAUUGUUAAACGUAUUUUAGUAUUUAAACGGCGGUAGACAUAUGCGCAUUUUUAUCCCCUAAAAAUUUUUCAUCUGUACGGAUUUCCUUGCUGAAAGUCUAGUGGUCCGAAAAUUAUAGGGAUCAAAACUUACUUUUUUGAAAAUUUCAGCCAGAAAAAAGGCUCCCGAAAAGUCUAGGUGACCUUUUUAGGGUAAAAAUCCGUUAAAAAUUGGCAAUUAUACCAUUUUUUAGAUGUUCGAAAAUCUUAGGAGAUGCAGGCAAGCAAGAAAUUUUACAACAAAUGUUCGGAAAAUUCUAGAUCUCAAAUCGUCUUCCAAACAGAUAUUUUUCCGAAAAUUGACAUUGGGUGUCCCUGAGUAAAGGCAGUGCUUAACCACUACCACCACUUUAAGGAAAACUACGUUGUGUAAAUUUCAUGAGAUGUCCGAAGGGGACUGCGGUGGAUGGGAUCUAAUGUUAACCUUUUAAGUCACUCAUAAAUAAUUAUGUGUUUUUGUCUUGUAUUAAGUGACAUCACCCUUGGUGCGAUGGGCAACCUUUGCCAAGUAUGAAUAUAGAAAUAGAAAUCUUUUUUGUCUUGUAAGCUAAAAUUAGCUGUAAUUUUUAUUCAUUUCUUAUACACAGUUUCUCUGUCAUGUUCAUUACUAAAGGAGGUAGCAAAGCUGGAACUUGUUGGAAAAAGUGUAGGUUAAAUGAGUGGUAAUAUUUAUUAAGAAGGAUGAACUUGCUAAUUUACUGCUUCAAUCAAUAAUGCUCAAAUUUAAAGCUACUACUAACCAGGAGAAUGUAACAAACAGCUCAAAACAUUACUUUUUAAGCAGAUUUUGUCUUAAGUAUAACAUCGUAAAUGGUUUUAAAGGGAAGAAUUAAGCUUUGAUUUAAAAUAAGUAUACUUUAGCUGAUUCAAUAGAGGUUGCUUUGGGCAUUGGAAUUGGGCACUAGGAAGCUAUUGUUUCAAAUCAUUACAUUCUUCAGUGUGCCCAAAUGCCCAAUUGCCAAUUGCAAAUGCCUAAAACAGCCUUUAUUGAAUCAGCUAUAUCUUCAUUGAACUUGCAGUUGCUGUUGCGAUGACAUCAUUUUGUAGAGAGCCUAAUAGUUGAUAUUUUUCUUGCUGUGGCCUUAAUGUCCUAUAGAAAGUUAUUGCAACUUGUUUGUUGUGGCAGAUUGGAUUAUCUUAAAAAACCUCUUUGAUUGACAAUCAUAAACAGCAAAGUAAACACAACAGGGUUUUUAACGAUGAAGAAGAGAACUUGUGUCUCAACUGACUCUUGACUGUUAGUGGUCAGCUGGGUAAUUUUUUGCACUUUGAACUGUCCUAUGUUAUUUAUGUAGAAUUUCGUGAAGUGUCUGAGUCUGUUUCAUAAUUUGAGAAAUGUCACACCCCCAUCCAUACAUUUUGUAAGUUUCAUGCUUACUGUGGUACCUUCUCAUUAUAACAGACUGCUAGUGCAGACAUACUGCUUCACAUUACUAGCUGUCGAAGAGCAUUUACCCAACAGCAGGUCAGUGCUGUGUGGCAGAGGGUCUCUGAAUCUUCACUGGCAAACAAACAGGUACUGAUAGCUAUAGACAGUGAACAACAAAGGCUUGCCCCACACUAAGCUGCAAACAGAUUUUAAGCCUUGAUUUGUUCAUAAUGAAGACAAUUUUUUUUGAUAUAGAGAUAUGAUGGUGGAUUUUGAGCUUGGUGAAUACAUUAGAACUUUUUCCAAUCAGUCACAUAGGUGGCUCAGUGUUACAGUUGAACUCCCUCUAACAGCCAUCUCUCUUCAAGAGCCACUUUUUUUGUUGCAACAGGCAAAUAAUCCAUACAUUGACCUUUGUUUAAAUUAAAACCUCUCUAAAACCUAGAGCACCUAUUUCGAGGAUCAAUUUGUGGUAUUUAUUUAACAUUUAUUUAUUUAUCUAUUACUGCUGUCCAUGUUAUCGAAUAGAUGAAAAAGGAAAAUUGGAAGUUACCUUUUCCUUUGCAUAGAAUGACUAUCUUUUGCUGAACAGCCAACAUUUAACUAGUGUAACAGUCAAGUUCUUCUGAGGUUUAACCUUACUUCUGCAUCUAUUAAUGGCCUUUAGUUCUGGAUUUUUGCAAUAAGUAAAGACUUUGUUCCUUUUUUAUUUGAUGUUGCUCCACUGUUGUAGAGUUCACUUUACAUAGUUUACAACACAGAAGUGCUCAGUAUUUUGUGGCAAGCACUGGCUUAAAUUUUUUCUUAAUUUGCAGUUCCUUGUCACUCAUGGACUUGUUACAGUAAACAACAGUGGAGAGAAACUUCAAGUUCCUUUUGGUACAAUGGAUCUUCUCAAGUGAGAGAAUUCUUCAUAUAAAGUGGCUUUCUCUACUUAUAUAGUAUUGAUUACACCUUUCCACAGAAGUGAAAUCUAUAAUGUCUGAUGUGGGUCCAAAACCCCUGAUGAUCAUUAGCAGUUUCUUCUUAUCUAAAGCAUUAAUUUGUUGCACAACCUUCUGCUGUUCUGAGUAUGAUGAUCAAAAUGUGCAAUCACUUUGUAAGGUGUCCUGAGGCCCAGUUUGCAUAAAGAAUUUUAAGAUUAUGUUUCAUUUAUAUUAUUGUUCCAAAACUAUGGAUUAUUGUUCAGAACAAUAGAGCUCUCUUAUCUCCAGAAUUAUCUUUAAGCAGGUGGGUCCUGUACCGGGUUUUGCUUAGAGGCUGCUGGGAACUCUUAGCCAGCUUUCAAAACAAUACUUUGUGACCCAACUGAAAUGCUCUUGACUAUAAAAGUUACAUGUAGAACUGAAGUCAUCCAAUGCUAUGAGCUGGUUAUACCUUGUAAAACUUGUUGAAAGUGAAUUACUUUGUUUUUGUAGAGUGCGUGAAAAGCAGCUCAUGGAGUCCUAUGUUUUGAAAUAUGGCAACAAAGUUGAAGGUACAUGUGAAUUCCAGAAACAUAGAACAGGUUGAAUUGCAUGACGUGAAUCUUGGGAGGCAGUAGUAGAGUGCAUCACACAAUACAUGCAUCUUGUUUUUUGGUAGUAAGCCCAUCAUACAGAGGCUGACAUCACAACAUCACAGAAUGUACAGUAACUCUAUUUCCUUUUCCAUAAAAUUAAAGAGCUAAUUGUGAGUCUUUCUUCUGAGCAAAGGGAAACAACUCAACUUGGGUGUAGACCUGCUCCCUAAGGACCAUUUUGCACAACAUCAUGGUUUUAAAAACUUGAAGUUUUUCUUAUGUUAGUCAUUACACUUUGUGAUCACAUAUGCAUUUCUCAUGGUUAUAUGGUGAACAUAACAUAUAGUCCUUAUCAGAUUUUCAACUGAGCUGCAAUCUAGUAAUGUUUGUAAAAGCUGGUCUCAAUAUGUGAUUUUUAUAAUUAGCAAUCGUAUCAAAACAUGUCCUGGAUAACAUUGUGGGAACCUCGAUCUCUUUUCCUAUAAACUGAAGCAUGCAUCUAGGCAGAAAAAUGUAUGGGACCAUCUUAGCACAGCAGCAAAUUUAACGCUGUAUUUUUUAAAGAAAUAAGCCUUCAAUACUUUCUGUGUUUCGAUUUUUAGGACAUGCUUGGGAAUCUUCAAUUCAUCAGAUGGCAGUUGCAGCUGUUAAGCUUGAGAUUCUCUCAAUAGCUCCAAAUAGCGAAGUAAGUUGAAUGAUCUUAAAGGGCAUAACCUCUUAACACUGUUCUGCUUUAAACUUGAGUUAUUGAGUGUUACUGAUAUAAGUAUCAAAUUGCCAAGUUGGUAUAAGUUUAGCCCCUAUAUCCUACAUGUACAGUGUAUGUUCUCCAUACUGACUGAAGAGAAUUUGAUAAAGGAUGUAACAUUUUGAUGUAAACAAUGUUCAAUUGCUCGGUACUUGAGGCAGAGAUUCAUUCAUUUUGUUGAACCCUUACAUUUUAUCCAGAGAUCUCACCAUAACACUCUCCCUUAAUAAGUUUAGUACAAGAGGGUAUUGCUCUAUAACAUUAAUUUAUAAGCCUCUUUAUUUCAUAUUUCCAGGUCAAAAUUGAUGUGUCUGAAUCUUCAAGAGAAUUUAGGCAAGCCACUUUUGUUAUGUAUAACUGUGCCAGGCUGGCUAAGCUGUUCGAAAACUUUGAGAAAAAUGUCCUUAAAGGUGAGAACAAACAAAACAGUCAUAUAUGGAAAACACAUGUCAAGCAAUUAAGGGUUUCAUUAAUUUUGCUUAUAUUGUGUGUGAGCUGGGUUAUCAGGGAGAGGGUUUAUGUAAUGUUUAACACAUCAGCAGCUGCAGUGUUUUAUCACUGGUUAACAAUGCAAUUUAAGCACAUAGAACUCUCCUGACAGACACUCUCAUAAGCGGACUGCUCUAUUUACAGCAGCCUUCAGAAAACUCUUUUCUUCUCAGCUCCCAUACGAAUUCUGAAUUUUUAUAUUCCUGUAAGCAGCCAGCUCCAGACAUGGAAACUUUUUCACUCUCCCAAGGGUGUCUGCUCACAACAGCUUCCAAUGUAGUGGUAAAACAUGUGCUGUGAGUGUUUUGAACAGCUUCAAAAAGAUCCCCGGAGUAUUCCCAUCAAUGCACUUCUCUUUGUGUUGACUGAAAAAUGUCACAUAAAAGUGCCAAAAUCACAGAGGUUGGUGAGAUAUAGUUAUGCUGCAAAUGCAUUGUGCAACUGAAGGGCACACAGUCAGUGUAUGCUUCUAUCUGCUUUCGCAAUGCAGCUAUGUAAAUGAAUGCACUGUACAUUAGUCCCAAUUUUUCCUCUGAACAGUCAAAGCCACACCCAGCUUUUCAGACUUUGAACUGUAAAUACCUGAUGUAACAAAACCCUGCAACACCAGUUAUAGCAUAUAUAAUGUUUGGUUUAGGAACCGGCAGUGAUAUAACUUACCCCCAAUACAGCAACUGAUUUUCCUGUCUCCAUUGAAUCUGGUUCCCAAUUUUUAAUAUUAUAGUUACAAACUUCACUGGGAAGAUGUCAUUUAGGGAGAUUUAUUGUUAAACCGAAAAAUGUGUUAAUGUUUACUAGGUAUAUACCCAGCUCUUCCACCCAUCCAAGAAGUGGAUUUCAGUCUUCUUCGUGAUGAAGUAAGUUGCAGUAGCUUAUUUCUUUACCUGUUGCAAUGUGAGAGCACUAUUCAAACGAUGCAUUUUUUGUAUUUGCAAAUAUAUUAUCUUAAAUUCCAUAUGAAGAAAAACAAAUGGCUAUACAGUUAAUUAAACUUAGUCACAUUCAUCUACCUUUUCCUGAUAGAACCGGCCCUUUCAACUCAGACACAACUUAACACAUUCAAUUGAUGAAGACAUAAUAAUCACUGUUCCACCAAUUUGCUUGUUUUGGCUGCCUGGAUGGUAGUAACCCAGUUGUAGCCAACACCAAAAAGGCGGAUUGUUUUCCCUUUAUGAUUUUUCUUUACAAUCUUUCACAGGAUGAGUGGGAAUUAAUACUGAACUUUAUUGUGACGUUUCCAUCAGUUAUCAAGAGCACGGUGCCUAAAAUCACUUUGAAGUCGCAUAAUGUCAUUAUCCAAACCAAUAAGGUAAAUAUACAUGCAGAACUACCCAACUCUCUACAUAGAGCGAUUUUCUCAUGAUCUUGAAAUAAAAACGCGUGAACGAAACAGAAACAACAAACGAACGGAAAUAGAGCGAUUUGAUUGGUUUAUAGAACUGACACAAACUCGCGUGGCUUUUGGUUGGUUAAGCGAACGCUCGGUUGAAAAUGCUUCAUGCCCGAAGAACUUUCUAGAAAUCUUUCGAUACUUCGCUUUGAUGUCAUACUGCAAAACGAGUAGCCUAUGGAACAAUGGCUUCUCCAUAUUAGGGUUUUCUUUGGCUGGAAAACGAAGAGUCCAUGUUUUGAUCUUGUAAUAAUAAUAAUGGAAUUUAUAUAGCGCUUAUACAUCGCUGUUCUAUCUUGUUUCAUCCAUUGGCUGAUAAAAACAACUGACGAACACGUACCGAAACCAUUUUUCAAGGUCAGAGGAAAAUCGUUCUACAGUCUAACCUCUCCUUACGGACACCACUGUAAUACGGACACCUCUCUAUUACGGACAGUUCGUUUGGUCCCAGAAAUGACAAAAAUAAUACAUUCACUACGUCUAUAAUAAGGACACCUCUGUAAAGCGGACACUUGGUUCUGUCCCUUUAGUGCCCGUAUUAAAGAGGUUUGACUGUAUCAUGUUCCCUCAAGUACUGUAGUCUUUCAAAUGAAUAAGUGCAAAUGAAAUAUAACUACUAUGCAAUUUUCCAGUACGCUAAAGGUCUUUUCAAGGAUAGUGAAAUAUACAAUCUAAGUUGAAUAGGCCGAAAAUAAUGUUAGAAAUCCAAAAUGGCAGGAGAAACCAGUUGGCUACUUGGAGUGAUAAUAUAUGAACCUGGCAUUAAAUGCCCUAAACCGCUCAGUUUUGCUGGGUGUAGGUUAGUGGUGUGGUUGACCUGUUUUAUGUUGCCAUUGUAUCCAAGGAAAGCAUUGACAAUUAGAAUGAAGCGUGAAUAACAGCUCUGAUGGGGUUACUCACUGGUGAAGUCACUUUUAUACGUGGCAACCAGAGUUUGUUUUUGUGUAACAAUGGUGCAUUUUAUUCUUAUUGUUCACGGUUAUUGCAAAGUUUAGUUUGACAGUUUGAUUUAUUUACAGAUCUGUUCCUUUUUGUUCACUUUGAGCCAUAAAUUCAGUUCUUACUAUGGACGGGUGCACAUUCUUGGGGUAAGAACUAAAACCAAUGAAAAUAGUCUUUUUCACAGCAACCUUGCUUAGGUUUUUUGCCGCCCUCUCAAAGGUGCCACCAUGCAGCUUAUUCAAAAUGGUUACAAUGUUCUUGAUGAUUUCAAGUCAUUUCAUUUUUGCUCAGAAAGGUUAUGAAAUUUAGUCCUUGAGGAUUGGGUGAAUUUCAUUUCAUUUGUUUCCAGCUUUUCUUGUGUGGUUAACUGUUAAACCCUGCCAGUCUACUCGUGCGUUUAAAUAAGCGUCGUAUUUCCAAAGCAAACAAUAUUGUAGAGUUAGUUAUGUUUAGCAGAUGUUCUUUUACUAAAAACAUCACCACAAUUAUUGACAGCCUAGGAAAAAGGAGCAGGAGAAAGGUGACUGUUGGCUGUCUAACUUGGAUAAUUACCUUGGAAUGAUGCUCUUUUAAAGCAUAGACACUGCGGAAACAAAACAAGUCGGCUGAUUUCCGUGGAACGAGGCUCCUCAUGAGCAAUAGUCAACCUAGUCAUCCUAGUCAAUAGUCUCCUAGUAUAUGUGGAAUGCUACAAUUGAAGGUCUGAGUGUUUUCCAGUCAUUCAAGUCACCGUUCAACCAAAUCAGCAUAGUCGCCCAAGUCACCCUAGUAAACUUUGUCUUCCUAGCCACCCUAGUCACCCUAGUCAACCAUUCACCCCAGUAGCCCCAGUAGUAGCUAUGAUGUUGGUUUAAUAUCUUUACCGAUUUCCCUACAGGAAUCGCGACAUCAUCUUUUCCCCACCAUGUUUGCAAGACUUUAUCUGAUGAAAGCUCUUCAACAGGUAAGCUACGAAUAUUAGGCCGUCAAAGUGAUGUCACAAACUUGUGGAGAUUGUCUUUAUUUAAUAAAUUGGUCAGUACAAAUCACUAAGUCGAAUGAACGAGAAUUUGGAAGAUUAAAAAAUUUUAAUGGCAAUAAAACAUUUAUGGAAGCUUACCAAAUUGAGCUUGUGACAGUGUUAAUGAACCGAUUUUCUAUGAUUUGCACUCGUACGUAUGCUGUCAUUAAUCUUAUACUGUUUUUUUUUACCUGAUCAAGGGACAGCGUCGAAAACGUUUGGAUUGCUUAACUUUCUGAUUUGAUCUUUUCCGUUACGUUAAAGAAAUCCUAACACAGUUAUUAAAUUCUGUUUUCAGAUAAUUUUGACCUGCCUCAAGCUUUUGAACAUCAGCUCCCUGAAGCAAAUGUAAUGAAAAGCAGCAGCUCAGUCUUGUGACAGACAGCUAAGGGCCAUACAUUCUAUGAUUUUGGGUCCUUGCGAUGGAAUAGAUGAUAACCAACGAUGUUCUUUUAUUGGAAAAGCAACAAAGUUAAACAAAACAGUUAACUUAAUGCAGUUCCGCAGUAUUUCUGUUUGGAUAGAAAGUCAUUCAUCAGUACUGCUCUUUAUAAUAACAUCAACAACAACAACAACAACAACAACAACAACAACAACAACAACAAUAAUAAUAAUAAUAACAAUAUCUCUAUGUUGUGGUACAAUCUUGUCCUCUGUUUUGAGUAACCAGAAAGUUAGACGAAGUGUUUGCAACAAAGGGAAAUAAAAUUUGAUCCAAC